GCGGUGAGCGAGUCGACCCCGGACGGUUCUCUGCUGUUUAAAAGGUGUCCCUGUGUUCUGCCCCCUCCCAUUUCCCCAUCUCUUGCCUUCUCCAUCUUCAGUGGCGACUGGAUUGAACUAAGUGGUGAAUUCACUGAGCAAUCCAUCAUGAGUGGCAAGAAGCGCAGAUCACAGAUCUCAGUCGAUGCAAAGAAGAACAAGAAAAUCGAUGACUAUUUUUCACAGGUCUCUAAAGAACAGCAGAAUAAUUCCAGUACUUCUCAAAUGAGGAGAGAAUCUAGAAGAGGUCCAAGAGAUAUAACUAACACCCAAGCUCAAAGAUUCCAUUCACCUAAGAAAGAUCCAGAAGACCAGACCACAGCCCCAAAUAAGAUAAUUAAUGUUACCUUGGAUGUAAACCAGAAGAAACACCAAAAAAUGAAACAUGUGGUCACAGGUAAAGAGCAGGAUAGUUUAUAUAUGGCUCUCAAUACUCUUGAGGCUGUCAGAGAAGAGAUAGAAACUCACCAAGGCCAAGAAAUGUUGGUAUGUGGCAAAGAAGGAAUUGAAGGGUUCAUAAACCUUGGAAUGCCCCUCAGGUGUUUUCCUGAAAGCUGCCACGUGGUAAUUACAUUUGCCCAAAGUAAAAAUAAACAGGAAGAAAGUAACCAACUAUUUGGCCGGAAUGACAGGGCAUCUACUGACUGUGUCAAAUUUUACAUUCAUGCAAUUGGAGCUGGAAAAUGGAAAAAAACGAUCGUUAAAUGCGGGCAACUUCACAAAAAGGGGUACAAGCUCUGUGUCUAUGCUUUCAAAGGAGAAACCAUCAAGGAUGCUCUCUGUAAGGAUGGCAGAUUUCUUUCCUUUCUGGAGAAUGAGGAUUGGAAACUCAUUGAAAAACUGGACAGUUUUGUAGAAAGCAGUCAGCCAGUUGAUGAAUUAGAGGGCAAGCUCUUUCAGGUUGAGGUUAUUAAAAGAAUGAGCCCCAGGAAAGCAGCUGCUGAGAAUUCUGAGUCAGAAGAAAGAAACACCUGUGUGUUGAGAGACUACAUUGUAGACCAGUGUCCCAGUUUGAAAAAAGAAAGUGAAAAGAUCAGAGAAUAUUUCAAGAAAAAAAUGAAAAAAAGAAAGGGGAAAACAUUAUUUAAAUUGCAUAAAACAUAUUUUGGAAAAGUAACAAAAAACUCUGUUUCGGUUAAAGUAAUGAAACGUCUUUCAUGUCUCAGUGAUUCAGUUGGGUACAUAUCAUGGGAUAACAAUGGAAAUAUGGGUUCUGCCACCUGCUUUGUUUUGAAAGGCUUGUUCAUUUUAACUUGUCAGCAUGUAAUAAGUUACAUUGUGGGAGAAGGAAUAGAGCCAAGUAGUUGGGCAGCCAUAAUUGGUCAAUGUGUAAGGGUGACAUUUAGUUAUGAAGAGGACUCAGAGAAAGGAAAGAACUGCUUUUUUGUUGAACCCUGGUUUGAGAUAGUGGAUAAAACUCUUGACUAUGCUGUCUUGAAGCUGAAGGAAAAUGGACAAGAAGUACCUGUGCAACUAUAUAAUGGAAUUAGUCCUCUACCCUCUACUGGGUUGAUACAUAUAAUUGGCCACCCACAGGGAGAAAUAAAGUUUCGUGAUGCUUGUGCUGUGAUCCCUCAGUGUCAGCGAGCAAAGAAAUGUCAGGAACGAGCUGAGGCUACAAAAACAGAGAAUGGUCAGUAUGUCCAUAUGUUUACUCAGAGAAGUUUCAAGAAAAUAGUUGACAACCCUGAUGUGAUUACCUAUGACACCAGUUUUUUCUUUGGGGCUUCUGGAUCCCCAGUGUUUGAUUCGAAAGGUUCGUUGGUGGCCAUGCAUGCUGCUGGCUUCCAUUAUACCUACCAAAAUGACAUUCGUAGUAUCAUUGAGUUUGGCUCUAGUAUGGAAUCCAUCAUUGUUGAUAUUAAGCAGAGACAUAAAACAUGGUAUGAAGAUGUCUUUAUAAGUCAGCAGGAUGUGGAAAUGAUGAGUGAUGAGGACUUGUGAGAAUUCAGUCUGUGUGUUUUUAUUAGCUUUAAGGGAGUUGUUAUUUCACAGGCAUUGAUGACAGUUUUCUAAAUUCAAAACUGGUCAAUAUCAAAUAAAAAGUAAUAAUAAUGAAUGUUACUGACCCUUUCCUAUGUCACAGGCAUUUUCCUAAGCACAUUUAGAAAUUAGUCCUAACAACAUAAUGAGGUGGACUGUAACACCUUAAGUCAGUCAAUGUGAAGAGGGAUAAGGUUAAAUAAUAGUUUUAUGACACUAAAAGUCUUAAAACCACUGGUACUUUCUCUUCUGUAUCAUUCCCUAAAUUCAUUUGCUAUGUAUGGGGCAGGAGCCAAAACCUGUUCAUUUUAUUAUCUCCAAUAUCUGAUACAGGGAAAGAAGUGCCUGAAAAACUUUGUGGAAUAAUCAAAUUUGGAGCUACGGUAGGAGCUAAAUGCUUGAUUAGAAAUUAUCUCAAAAUAUUUUAGAAUUCUCAAAAUCUUCAUAUUACUAAACCUGUCAGAAUUAUUUGUCCUGAAAUUCAUGGAAUCAUAUUCAUUCUUUUUAUAGUAGGAUGAGGGGGAAUAUCUUAAAGAUUGUACUUGACUCCUCCACCUCCUAAAUGAUUUUUUAUUUGUGUUUAUUAAGAUUUAUUCUUUGUGCUGUAAAAUUCUAUGACUACUAUCAUACAGAAUAGUUUCAUUACCCUAAAAUAUCUAUGCUUCACCUACUUAAUCCCUCCCUGAAUCCCUAAAACCCUGAGAACCACUGAUGCUUAUAACUUUGCCUCUUCCAGAAACAUUAUAUAAUUGGGGUCAUAUGGUAUCUAGCCUUUUCAGACUGGCUUCUUUCACUUGGA